AUGUCGGUAUCUGCCGAGAUUCUGCUUCAAGAUAUCGAGCCGAUCGCCGGGUCCCCCGUCCCCGAGGUCAUCAACUCUCAGGUUCACAUCGAGCUGAGCACGGCCUCAUUCUUGUCUCUCUACCGACACACAACACCAUUGCAGCUAUGCACGCUUCUUGGCUCGGCAUUAUGCGCGAUGAUCGCCGGUGCAGCGAUGCCCUUGGUCACCGUGGUGUUUGGGUUAAUGGCCGAUGAAUUCAUUCAUGGCGACGAAAAGUCUGCGCAGUAUGUGAUCGACCGGACUCAACAUUUCACUGUUAUGCUGGUGAUCAUCGCGAUUGGGUCCUUUGUGACGACUUUGAUCAGCACAUGGGGUUUCAAUGCAACUGGGGAGCGACUCGCGCGUCAGCUCCAACAAAGCCUCUUGUCGUCAGUUCUACAGCAGAAUAUCGCAUAUUUUGACGUGAUUGGACCAGGCGAGUUGAUCUCUAAUCUUGAUCAAGACAUGAAGUUGAUCCAGGACGGGAUCUCCCAGAAAGUGGGCGAUGUGAUCUCCGGGCUAUCUGGUUUCGUCGUCGCCCUGGUCUGCGCCUUCAUCAGCAAUCGGCGAUUUGCGUCCAUUAUGAUCACUCAGCCAAUAUCGCUCAUUCUCCUCGUCGGAAUGAUGGGAUUCUGGGUAAGUAAAAUCCAGCGAAAGGGGUGGGCCCAUAGUGUGCGGGCGAGCAAUUUCGCUCAAGGGGUCCUUGGUGCUAUGAGGAAUGUAAUCGCCUAUCGCAGUCAAGAAAGGUACGCGGAAAAGUACCACGGCAUCUUACAGUAUCUGUCGGUCUUGGACUUCCGGGAAAGGUUCAUCUUUGCUGUGAUCGUUGCCGGUUCGUUCGCCAUCCUGCACUGGGGCAACGGACUCGGGUUCUGGCAAGCCGAGCGUUUGAUUAGUCUGGGUCAGUGUACCAUCUCAGAGGUCCUGACUAUCCUGUAUGCGACAACUGUUGCUGGGGGUAUGCUCUGUCAGGCCUUGCCUUUCGUUGUGAGCAUUGCAAACGCCAAUGGAGCAGCAUCUCGGGUCUUCGCGGUGAUUGACCGAGUCUCUGCGAUCAACCCUCUAGAGGAGACGGGUGUAAAGCCCGAUCUGGUGACUGGAGUCAUUCGGUUUGAAGAUAUCAGCUUUGCUUAUCCCUCGCGCUUGGGGCACCUGGUCCUCGACAAGGUCAGUUUCGAAGUGCCCGCGGGAGAUACUGUGGCUUUGGUCGGGCCCUCUGGUUCUGGAAAGUCCACAGUCCUCGCCCUGCUGGAGCGAAUGUACCACCCACUAAGUGGUCGAAUAACGAUAGGUGACACCCCGAUCACGGAGAUGAAUAUCUCCUGGCUCAGAUCUCAGAUCGGUUACGUCGGUCAAGACAUUGCCUUAUUCAACACAACCCUCCAUUCGAACAUUGCCCAUGGACUCCCACAACAUGUUCAAGAGACACUGGAUGAGAUGAGCAUCCGGCAACUAGUAGUGCAAGCGGCUGAGACUGCUGGCAUCCAUUGCUUCAUCACCAAUCUGUCUCAAGGCUAUGAGACGGUCAUUGGGGCGAGCGGAUCAAGACUAUCGGGUGGCCAAAGACAACGGCUUGCAAUUGCCCGUGCAAUAAUAUCGCAGCCGGCAAUUUUACUGCUUGACGAGGCCACGGCCGCACUCGAUAGUCAAAGUGAGAAUGACGUCCAGAAAGCUCUCAAUGCAGCUGCUUCCGGGCGCACCACUAUGAUCAUUGCGCACCGCCUCUCGACGAUUCGAAACGCGGACAAAAUCCUUGUCAUGGGGGAUGGGAAAUUUUUGAAUGAAGGAAGCCAUUCGGAGUUAAUGCAAAAAUGCCCACGGUAUCAAGAGCUGGUCGGACAACAAGAGCUUAGCCUGAACAACCAAGAGAAUUGCCUAGCUACGCAGACAUUCCAGACAAAGCAACAGCCACGCGACGUCUCUAUUAGCAUCGAUACCGUACCAGCCGAUGACUAUUCAUCUGCAGCCCAUUCCGGAAGCAGCAUCAAGCUUAUCUGGGGCUUGAACCACCCAGAAGUUCUGUAUACAUCUGCAGGCGUUUUCUUCAGUGUGCUGGCCGGUGCAACAUACCCCAUCCAAGCAAUCUUCUUCGGUAACGGGAUCAUGUCGAUCUUGAAACCCUCUUUGAGCACAGGUGGCCACGACACCCAAUACUGGGCAAAGAUGUACUUGAUCCACGGGUUCAUUGUGCUUCUAGUCUACUGCCUCCGAGGAUAUUGCCUCGCGGUGUCGGCGUGUCGACUGAGUCUUCGGACCCGGUCAGAGCUGUUCAAGACAUUCCUCUUCAAAAGUCUUCCUUUCUUCGAAAAAAAUGGCCAUUCAACAGGGGCGUUGGUGAGCUUUCUCUCCUCGGAGGCUGUCAAGGUGAUUGGUGUAUCAGGAACGUCCCUCGGGCUCGUGGCGGAAAGCAUUAUGAUGCUUGGAACCGGAAUUGCCAUUGGGUGCAUCUUUGGCUGGAAGAUCGGACUUGUUGCGACCGCGACCGUUCCACUUGUGGCAGCCUCUGGAUUCCUGCAAUACUAUAUUGUGGCGCAGGUUGAGAAAUUUGUCAGGCGUGACACCGACGCUGUAGCUGUUGCUCAUGAAGCCUUCACUGCAAUUCGAACUGUGACGGUGCUCGGCCUGCAUACCUCAGUCAUGGAAUCCUUUCAAAGGGCAAGCGACCGAGACCGUCGACCCAAAUACUGGGUUCUCUCGGCUACCAUGUAUGCAUGCACGACAUCCUUACGCGUCUUGAGCAUUGCAUUUGUGUUUUGGUACGGAGGCACUCACCUCAUCGCAACGGGCGAGUAUACCAUCCAGCAGUUUUUUAUCUGCUUUGCUGCGACAGUCUGGGGAACACAGUCGGCGGCGACACUCUUUUCGCGUGCUCCGGAUAUUGCAGGUGCUCAUGGUGCUGCUCAAAAAGUGAGAGACUUGAUGGAAACACAGCCUUCGCAACGCUUCGCAACGCCGGACGUUAGCAUGUCUCUACCUGUGCCAAGCGCACCGGAAAAUCUGUCUUUGCAAAAGGUCAGCUUCAGAUAUCCGGCGCGUCUAUCCCAACUCGCCUUGGAUGAAGUCAGCUUUGAAGCCCCUCCCGGGUCUUUUAUUGCACUUGUCGGAACUACCGGUAGUGGUAAGAGUUCUGUGGUAAACUUGAUAGAGCAGUUCUAUCCUGCGGACCAGGGCGAGAUCAGGCUUGCCAACACAUUGAUUGCCCAAUACUCUGUUGAUAGCUAUCGUGGGUAUAUCGCACUCGUCGAUCAGAAUCCAUGCUUGGUUGGAGACGACUUGCGAGAAUGUUUCCAAAGUGGCGAGCGAUAUUUCUCGGACGAUGAGAUCCAGGCAGCUUUGGGGUCUGUUGGACUGGGAGACUUUGUGCUGUCUCUUCCGCAAGGAUUAAGCACUUCUGUCUUGGGGAAUGGUUCGACGUUCUCCGGCGGACAGCGCCAGCGCAUGGCGAUCACGAAGGCUCUUCUCCUUCGGCCUCGAAUUCUUUUGCUGGAUGAGGCAACCUCCGCACUCGACACCGCAUCGGAGCAGCUAGUCCAACGGGCUGUAAGAGACGCCAUGAGAGGCCGGACCACAAUCGCCAUCGCCCAUCGAUUGAAGACAAUUGUUGAUGCCGACGAGAUCCUUGUUUUUGAUUUUGGUAGGAUCGUUGAAAGAGGAACCCAUGCUGAGUUGAUAAGGAUGGAAGGCAAAUAUUGGCAGAUGGCUCGCUUGCAGGAACUCAGUGGGAAGGACUGA